AUUAGGUCCAAAAUCUCCAAAAUGAAUUCUUUGUAUGUUGGUGACCUCCACCAAAAUGUCACAGAGGCAGACCUAAACGAGAUGUUUAGUGAGGCUGGACCAAUCUUUUCUGUUCGUGUAUGUAGGGAUCGGGAUACACAUCGUUCCCUCGGGUACGCCUAUGUUAACUUUUAUCAGCAAGACGAUGCUGAUUGUGCCCUGCUCAUGUUCAGCAAUGAUAUGCUCGAAGGAAGAUAUCUGCGCAUCAUGAGGUCUGAUCCUGACUGUACCCUGAGGAAGAGUGGGGUGGGGAACAUCUUCAUCAAGAACCUGGACAAGAAGUCUAUAACAAACAAAAACCUGUACGAGACCUUCUCAGCAUUUGGAGACAUCUACUCUAGCAAGGUAGUUUGUGACGAGAAUGGCCAUUCCAAAGGUUAUGGUUAUAUUCAGUACAAGACCCAGGAGGCUGCUGAUAGAGCCAUCGAGAAAUUAAAUGGCAUGUUAAUGGAUAACGAAAAAGUGUUUAUCGAGCGCUUUAAGUCACGCAAAGAGCGAGAGGAGGUGCUUGUAGCCAAGGCCAGAGAGUUCAACAACGUGUUUGUCAAGAACCUUGGCAGAGACACGAACGAUGAGAAACUGAUUGAGCUUUUUGGAAAAUAUGGACCAACCGUUAGUGUCAAGGUUAUGAAAGACGAUAACGGGAAGUCGAGUGGGUUCGGUUUUGUUUGCUUCGAGAGGCAUGAGGAUGCACAGAGAGCCGUGAACGAGAUGAACAGGAAGGAGCUAAACGGGAGGCUGAUAUAUGUAGGCCGCGCACAGAAGAAAGCAGAGCGCCAGACGUUGCUGAAACUCAAGUUUGGGCAGAAGAAGCCUGACCCCAAGGCCAAAUACAGAGGUGUAAAUCUCUUUGUAAAGAACCUGGAUGAUGCCUUUGAUGAUCACCGUUUAAGGAAGGAGUUUUCUGCAUUCGGAACAAUCAUCAGCGCCAAGGUGAUGACGGAGAGCGGGCGCAGCAAAGGCUUUGGCUUUGUUUCCCUCUCCUCCCCCGAGGAGGCCACCAAGGCUGUGACGGAGAUGAAUGGCCGUAUUGUGGGAACCAAGCCGCUUUACGUGGCCCUGGCUCAGAGCAAGGAACAGCGGCAACAAUACCUGGCAGACCGGUACAAGCAGAGGAUGGUCAGUGUCAUGGCAGUGCCCAACCCCAUCAUCAACUCCUACCAGCCUACUAUUCCACAGGUAAAUCCAAACAAGAGUCCAUGCAGAAAAUCAUAUAUCCAACUUGGACAUGAGUAAUGAACAUUUUAUUGAGAAAUGCUAACUUCGAAUUCCAUAUAGCCUUUUACUCCAAUGUGCACAUUCCACAGGCCCAGUCCCAUGCAGCUGCCUACUACUUCAGCAACCAACUGGCUCAGCUGAGUUCCAGCCCUGGCAUGAUGACCGUUGAGCGGAUAGCAACUCAGGCCUUGGGCCAGCGCCCACAUCAUCCUGCCAGUGCAGAUGCAGCCACUGCCAUGAGCAAGCCUCAGUACAAGUAUAUGUGAUAGAAUUAAAUGUGCCUUUAAUAAAUACAGAAGUACAGUACCAUAAAGUGUACCAGCAAUCAAUAUGCUCAUCAUUCAUCUGAGUGUUAGCUGUAUUGAUGUCUAAGCAGUUUGAUUGUUGAUGUUUAGGUAUUCCUAUAUGUGGAACAUACAGCCAGCUUCUCAUUCAUGAACAAACGUGACUGAAGCAAGCUUGGUUGUGCUCGUGAAUCAUUUCUCAUAUUUUCUCCCUUUCAGGAAUUCAACAUUCGCAGCUGGCGAUGGCUUACGCAAUAACACUGCUCCCCACGGCAGUCCAUAUUGAAGUCCAGGAGCCUCACCAAGCUAAAGCCGGACAGAAAUCUGUCCCAAACACUGGAGCUUGAAGCCAAGAGAGGAACAGGGUCCUUCAAACUUCCUUUACAGAAGAAGAAAGAAAAAUUUAAACAAAAUUAUAUUUUACAGUAAAGGCCCAGU